AUGCGUUGCAGCGUGCCUUCAUUGGCUCUUUUGAGCUUGAUCCCAGCGGCUAUAGCAGCUCCUGCUCCUGCUGCUGAACCUGCUCCAGUACAAGCACCGGCACCGACACCUGCUCCAUCACUCGACGAUGCGUUGGCACUGGAAGAACGACAGCUCGGUGGCCUUUUGGGUGGUAUCCUAGGCGGUGUCAAUGGCGUUGUGACCGGCCUCCUUGGAAGUGUCGAGAGUGCUGCAGCAGCAAAGAACCCAGCUGCUGUCGGUUCUGCUCUCGUCAAGAUUGUAGCGCCAAACCGGCCUACCAACAUCGCAGAUUGCAUGACACGAGCAUCAAAAGUAUGGGCAAGCCCCACUGGCCGAACGGACAUUUACCCUGCUAUUGCUUCCCAAGUCGCUGUUGGUCUUGGUCCUCUGCUCGAUGGGACGCUCCUCACUGCUCUGACGGGUGGCCUUGCAGUGGGCGAGAACAGCAUCAACAACAACAACCCCAAUCCUCCCAAGAGCGUGUGGAACAUCAAAGGCGACGCGCCCUACUCGCUUUCGGAGAGUGCACUGCGCAAAGCCAUCUUCAUUCCCCCAACCUUCAAGUAUGGCGCUGGUAAGAAGCGCCCCAUCAUCAUGGUUCCAGGAACCGGUGCGUUUGGAGGCGUCAACUUUGCCAACAACCUGCGAAAAUUGCUGGUAAACCAGCCUUUUGCCGACCCAGUGUGGCUCAACAUCCCCGGUGCCAUGUUGGGCGACGCACAGCUCAACUCCGAAUACGUUGCGUACGCCAUCAACUACAUAUCAGCAAUUUCCAAAUCCAACUCAAACAACAUGGCGGUCAUCUCCUGGUCGCAAGGCGGUCUUGACACGCAAUGGGCGUUCAAGUACUGGCCGUCCACCCGCAAAGUCGUGAAGGACUUCUUGCCCAUCAGCCCUGAUUUCCGCGGCACCGUCCUCGCCAACGCACUAUGCUUGACAGCAGACUCCAAGCUGAUGUUGAACCCACUUUGCCCACCAUCAGUCAUCCAGCAAGAAGCGACAUCCGACUAUGUCAACACUCUCCGGACUGCGAAUGGAGAUAGCGCAUACGUCCCGACCACAACAUUCUACUCGGGCUUCUUCGACGAGAUUGUCGAGCCGCAGCAAGGCAACUUCGCAUCUGCGUUCAUGAACGACGGAAGAAAUGUUGGCGUGUCAAACAACGAGGUGCAGAAAGUCUGCGCGGGAGGUCUAGCAGGGACGUUCUACGGUCAUGCCGGUGUGCUGUUCAACCCACUCACGUAUGCUUUGAUCGUCGACGCGUUGACACAUGAUGGACCGGGAAAUACUAGUCGCAUCAACCUCGCCAGUGUAUGCAGCACGUACGCUGCGCCUGGACUGGAUCUGGACGACGUUAUUGCGACAAGCGGACUCAUUCCGAUUGCAGGUGUCAUGUUACUCACAUACCCAGACAAGAGGCUUGCAGAGCCUGGGCUGAAGAGCUAUGCGAGGUAA